AUGGAGGCAUCAGCACUAAAACUACCAAUUCACAAACAUCUUUUGUACCCUUCAACUCGAUUUCUCUAUGCUCGUUGCGACGGUUGUUUUUUAGAAGGUCACAUCUAUGGAGGCUAUCGUUGCAAUGAAUCUGAUUGUUACAAUAAUGGUUUCCCUGGUACUGGUGGUUGGUUCCAUAAGGAGUGUGGCGAGUCACCAUCGGAAAUCAACCAUCCUUCUCACCCUCAACAUCUUCUUGUUUUCACCGUGGGGAUAGAUUACAAACCGUGUCAUAUGUGCGGAAAGGCAGUCAAAAGUGGUUAUUGUUGUGCGAUAUGCGAUUUUUUCAUAGAUGUGGCUUGUGCACAAAAACCACCGCCACCUCAAGCUAUUGAGCAUCCGAUGUUCCAUGAGCAUUCACUUGUCUGCACAAAUGGCUUUAAAAGUUGUGAAAUAUGCAAGGUUUAUACUAAUGAAGGAUGUGCCUAUGAAUGCCUUACUUGCAAAGAUGUUCAUUUUCACUUGGACUGCGUCAAUCAGUCAAGAGAGGUAAACCAUUCGUCUCAUUCUAGUCAUAUUCUUGAGUUUGUCACAUCUGAAUCACUUUCAGAAAACGCUGAGAAGACAUGCAUUUUGUGUGGAAAAGAAUCACAACAUGUGCUUUAUCAUUGUUCCAAAUGCAACUUCAGCAUAUGUAUUUACUGCAAGAGGAAUCCUCCACCACUCACUGUCGAACAUACCAAGACCCACAAGCAUAAGCUCUCCCUCUUGUCAAGACGAGUCUCGUUUACUUGUAAUGUCUGUGGGUUGCAAGGCGAUCGAAGUCCUUAUGCAUGUAUUCAGUGCAGUUUCUUAGUUCAUCGAGAGUGCAUCGACUUGCCUCGCGUCAUAAACAUCAACCGCCACGAUCACCGCAUCUCUCUCACUGAUCAUAUUGGGCACGGGGGGAAUCUGAGGUGUGGAGUCUGUCACCAAAGUGUUGAUCAGUACUGCGGAGGUUAUACUUGCCCCACUUGUCCUGAUUUUGUUGUUCAUUCAUCAUGCCCAAUAAAAUACGGAGGUUAUACUUGCCCCACUGUGUGGAAUGGAGUCGAGCUGGAAGGGAUCCCUGAAGAAGAAGUUAUUCCUCCAUUCAAUGUGGUGGGUGAUAACUUGAUAAAGCACUUCAGCCACCAAAAUCAUAUUCUUCGACUAGAGAGUGAUGGUACAAGUACUCAUGAUGAAAAAACACGAUGCGAAGCAUGCGUCUCUCCCGUCUAUUCUGAUCCGGUAUACAGCUGUGAGGAAUGUGAUUUCAUCCUCCACGAGACAUGCGCAAAUCUUCCAUUGAAAAAACGACUUCCGUUUCGCAACAUACAGUUCAAACUAUAUGCUCCCGACAUGGAUUCCUACGAAGCUUUUCAGUGUUACGCCUGUAAAACAAUGUUUAGCGGUUUUAGGUACGUAACAAAUGGAAUCAAUAUAGAUGUACGUUGCGGUACGUUUUCUGAACUGGAAUUCUAUGAUUUCCUUGACCACCCUUUAUAUUAUGGUUAUGAUAUAAUGUAUCCGAGGUGUGGUGCAUGCCAAACAGAUUUGUCACCACAUAUGCUCACUUGUGAUGAUUGUGACUUUACGGCUGAUUUCCGAUGCUUUAAUUUGCCAAGGGUGGUGAAGUAUAAAGACGACGAGCCUCCUCUUUCCUUAUGUUAUGGCGAAGAAGAUCCAAAGGGUAAAUACUGGUGUGAUAUUUGUGAGGGUAAAACAAAUCCGAAAGAAUGGUUCUACACUUGCUCUCAUUCUGGGGUUACAUUGCAUGUCCAGUGUGUUUUUGGAGAUUUCUCUUUUCUCAUGCCAAGACGCUUAAUGGAAUCCAGUCGGUACUGCAAAUUUGAAGUGGUUCCUAACAACCACUGUUUUCGACCGUUCUGUGCCUGUUGUCAAUCUCGAUGUAGAGGCCCUUUCUUUCUGAAGUUUUCUUAUCCGGAAAUCAGAUACAUCUGCUCUGAAGGGUGUUUUUAUAAUAGAAAAAGAAUAAUAGAGGUCAGAUCUACGAUUUAG